UGGGGCUCCAUUAUUCUAAGCUUUUUUUCUUCGUCUCGGCGCAAGUAAACAAAGCAAGCGCGAGGUCAAACGCCCAUGAGGUAGAGAGAGAGAGAGAGAGAGAGGGCAUGGGCGGAGGAGAGAGAAAGCUCUUCCCCUUUUCUGAGACGUGGGGUCAUCGUGACGGUGGGUUCUAUGGAUUACGACGCAUUAAAUUAGCUAUUCCGAUAGGAGAUCGGGGUAAGAUCUUGAUGGGCUCCCGCUUCGUAGAAGUUGGAGCUUCUCUUGUUCCGUUCCCUUCUUCGAUCGCAUCGAAUCGCCUCUUCGAGUAGAACUUGUGGUUUCACAUCUGAGAAAGAAAAGAGAGAGAGCUCUUUGAAUGGAUCCAACAAAUAGGAGACCAGUUUAUGAAAAUUCGUCCAAUAUGGUUGACCCAUCUGGAAAUUUCAACCCAAAUCAGCUUUACUCCCAAUUUGAUUCAGGAAAUUUAUGCUUUGAUUCGAGAAUGAAACAACCCCUUCUCGAAUUUCCCGCUUCAUUCGACAACCCAACCAUUCAGCGAAUCGAAUCUGCUCCUUUUGUUAACAACCAGGCCAUGAAUUGGGAUCCAAGGGCAAUGCUUACCAACCUCUCCUUCCUUGAGCAGAAGAUCCACCAGCUCCAAGAUUUGAUCCGUUCGAUCAUUACAGAUGAAGCCCAGUUCUCCGUCCAACCGAAUGAGCUCGCUGCACAGCAACAGCUCGUAACUGCGGAUUUAACUUGUAUCAUAAUUCAGCUGAUCUCCACUGCUGGAACACUUCUCCCCUCGGUGAAGAAUACCAUCGUUGCGAAUAGUCCGCCAAUUCAACAGUUGGCAAGCAUAAUUGGUUCAACCUCGAGUUCUGGUUCAAAUGGUGCUUCGCAUCAAAAUAAGGACUUCUCUUCAGAGGGACAAACUAAUAAAGAAUAUGAGGAUAUGCUCAGAGAUUUGAGUGAAAAUGGGAUUGAGGGCAUCGACCCGAUUCAGGUCGAAGAUCAAGAGGUCAAAGACAGCGAAGACGGGGGUGCAGAUGGAGAGAACCUUCCACCUGGAUCAUACGAAGUCUUACAACUGGAAAAAGAGGAGAUUUUAGCACCCCACACCCAUUUUUGUUCAAUCUGUGGGAAAGGGUUUAAACGUGAUGCGAAUCUAAGGAUGCAUAUGAGAGGCCACGGAGAUGAAUACAAGACCCCUGCGGCCCUUGCCAAGCCUACUAAAGAGGCAAGUUCUGAGCCGGUCCUUGUCAAGAGGUACUCAUGCCCGUUUAUUGGGUGCAAAAGGAAUAAGGAGCACAAGAAAUUCCACCCAUUGAAGACGAUUUUAUGUGUAAAAAACCAUUAUAAAAGGACCCACUGUGAUAAGAGAUAUACUUGCAGUAGAUGCAACACUAAGAAGUUUUCGGUGAUUGCCGAUCUCAAGACGCAUGAGAAGCACUGCGGCCGCGAUAAAUGGCUUUGCUCAUGCGGAACAACAUUUUCUAGAAAGGAUAAGCUUUUUGGGCAUGUGGCUCUUUUCCAAGGCCAUACACCGGCACUCCCUUCGGAGGAAACAAAAGUUAAAGAGAUCAAUAAAGUUGAGGGCGUGUCCACAAAAUCCGUCGAACACCAAGACGUUCUAGACAUUAAAGCUCUCGAUAAUGAUCGUGAAUACUUCUCUCCUAUGAACUUUGAUUCGUUCAACUUCGGAGGGCUUGAUGAAUUCCCAAGAACGGCCUUUGAUCCCUCGGAGAGUUCAUUCUUGUUCCUUCCUCCUGGAUCGUGUGGCUUCGAUCAAAAGAACGGAGAGAACUGAAUUCAGAUCAUUGUGGGUAACUGCGGUUCAUGGAAGAAGCACAGUUGUAGGUGUAUCUUAUCAGUUUAUUGUUUUUGCUAAAUUUUGCAGUUUUUCAGCUUUUGGUGUCAGGAGAACCUUAUGAUUUAUAUCUAGUUGGAGUUGGUCUUACUCUUAUAUAUUUGACAUUUAUUAUUAUUAAUAAAUGGCCAUGUUGACGUAUAA